AUGAGCAAGUUCACCGGCCAGUCUAUCGAUAUUCCACCACUCUGCGAACGCUGUCGAAUUCUCCAGCUCGAUGACCGAGCGCAAGGGGGCAAAAUUACAGCAGAAUCCUAUGUUACAUUCGGAGAGCCUGGUUGGGGAUCUCGGAACAAACUACUCUUUGACUAUAACUUCGAAGACGAGUAUCCUUUACUCCCUGGUUUAUCGGACUCCGCCAACCGAGGAUGCGCGUUUUGCGGUCUAUUAAAGGAGGGAAUACUCGAAGUAGAGCGCCUCAAGAAUCCCUCUGAUCCCAAGAUCGUAUUCUACAAGGCGUGCUACCAUUUGGUAGAGCCUCGCAUGGCAUCGAGGGAGUCAAAGCUUUUGGACAGUUUGUCUAUUAUCUUUAAACUUCAUUCAUCUGAAGGUAAAGAGGAGUCGCAUGCACUCCGUUUCGACAUUCAGGCCGAAGGUGGUGACCCAUGCACAAGGUGGCUAAACAUUCAACGGAGGCCCCUCGCAUCCGAUCCUCUAUCCGAGUCUGGGAUCCAACGAAUGAAGGAAUUAAUCAAGCAGUCAUUAGACCAUUUUCCCUACACGUACACGUACCUUCCUACGCGACUUAUCGACGUAGGUAGCCAACACGAAGUCCCUCGCCUCAUUGUUUCCAGCAAGCAUCCUCCACUCCUCGAUUCCAAUGCCCAUCCAGAAAGCAAGCGAUACAUCGCAUUGAGCUAUUGCUGGGGUCCUCUGGAGGAAGCGAAGCUUCAGCUGAAGACCGAGAGGAAUUCAUUAGACGAGAGGAUGCAGGGAAUUGAAUUGGCCACGCUUCCGCAAACACUGCUGGACGCGGUCCUUGUAUGCCGAGCACUCGGGGUACGAUAUGUUUGGAUCGACUCCCUCUGUAUCAUACAAGGCGACGUCCAAGACUGGGAACGGGAAUCGGGGAAGAUGGCAAGCGUAUACAGAAACGCUUUCUUGACCAUUUGUGCUGUGCAGGGACAAUCUUGCCUCAGUGGCUUUCUAAACCGCAAGUUACCCCGUCAAGUUCUCAUCCCCUUCAAGUCUACUCUCAAUCCUUCCAUCACCGGGAAAUUCACUGUCUUUUCGGCGCCGACAUCCUAUAUUCAAAGAUUCGACACUGACUCGGGAUGGAGUACGUCGGAUUGGAUUUCAAGCUUAGCAGAAUCUGCCGGUAUAACAUCACACCCUAAGGCUGAUCCCGAAGAAAAGCAGUAUGAAUUUACCAAGCCAGCAGUGCAAAGCCCGUUCGAUAAUGACCUCAGCGAUUCGGCAUGGAUGGAGCGCGCGUGGACAUUUCAGGAAGCUGUUUUGAGUCCCAGGAUGAUCAUCUUUGGGGCAUGGAUGGUGCAUCUGUCCCAUGGCCGUCAUGUCGACUCUGAAGACGGGACCUCCGAUACCCACGCCGAGUGGGGCAAGUCGUGGGCAACUAUACAACUUCGCGGCCAACCGGCUCAGUAUGCGAAGGAGUCAUGGGUUCCUAGCCAUGGCGACUGGUAUCUGUCGGUAUCAAGAUAUUCCUCUCGACUCCUUUCCUAUCCGACCGACAAGCUACCAGCUAUAUCGGCGUUAGCAUCAACGAUGUCAGAAAGCUUGGGCGGAGAGUUUCUGGCUGGUUUGUGGACGAGAGACCUUCAUCGUGGCUUACUGUGGGCACAUUUCGGCGUAACGACACCAGAGAAAUACCUCGCCGAAGUCUCGCAGUACAUCGCCCCAUCAUGGAGCUGGGCCUGUCAGCCAAAUAUGGUUGGCUGGGUUUGGGGCGUCGACACGCUCAACUACAACCAGGAAUUCGAGUAUCUUGGCAACGAUUUUGUCGUUAAUCCCGAGGGCCCCUUCGGACGAGUGAAUCCGGGGAAAUUGAUCCUCUCUGCGCAGAUUCGCAAAAUGCCAUCAGUCGAGAUCCAUCGAGCCUCUGAAUUUCUGGGGUUUAUCUUCCCGUACGUACUCACCUCGAAUGGAGAGUACAUAGCGCAUCUCUUAUUUGACUGGAGGCACUCCUCUUCCUCGGCACCCAAGGAUCCGGAAACGGGGGAAGAGAGGGAGGAUGGGCCCAUUGAUCGUCUUUCGAUGGUGUUCAUAUCGAGUAGGUCAUUAAACACUGCUGAAUGGAGAAGUAGGAAGUUGAGCAAUCCGCAAAUCAUGCUGGGUCUCCUUCUGCUGCCUACCACCCCAAUCGGGAAGGAGACUGGGACGGACGUGGAGUAUAGGAGGGUUGGGAUUUGGUAUUCGGAAACAAAGGAACUAGGAGGAAGACAGUUCUGGGACGAUGUUGGGUUUAGUAGAGUUGUAAUCGUGUAG